AUGAUAGAACUGCUAAAGUUUACGAAGAUACACAAGCACGAGCGUCUUGAGAACCCAAACAGCACUACAACUUCCAAACCCUAUGUCACUGGCCUGAAAAUGCUGACAUACGCGCAAAUGCGCGAACACAAACAUACGGAGAACCCCCGUUGCGCUUGCCACGACAUCGAAGCUAUCCUUGCUCUAGUCCCCGAAAAUCAACAGAGCCAGUUUGUGCGUAUCUAUCCUCGUCGUCAACCCCGAUAUGCUAAAUAUCCUACCGGAGUCUCCAUGUUCCGCGAGGAUGUGGACAUGGAAAUAACGAUGUCUCGUCGAGACUCCGCCCAACAACCCCAACGCUCACCGGACAGUAUGGUAAUGGCUCCAGGCGCCGCUGGAGAGUGCACUGGAACCCGUGGCGCCGAAUAUGGAUACAAAGAGAAUGGGCAGUUUUGUAUGCCACAAGUAGCUACUGUGGUCUUUUCUUUCUUUGCUGAGGCUCGUAGAGCAGUACGCUUUCAGUCAGCAUUACCAACGACAACUGUUGAUGACCCGCUGGUUGCAAAGGAGGGCCUACCUGAUGCUCCCGGUAAGAUUGUGGCUGAAGAUGGAGCUUUGAUGCAGCCGUCCCCUCCGGCUGUGGUACUACUCCAGCGUUCGAACGCUAUCCGUUACCGAGCCCAUCCACGUCCGCGACGAUACACCCGGGAAGACUCCUGUCUCAGGCACCACCCUGGUGGCGAGGCAGGUUCAUACCACGUACCUAAGCAAACUCAUGGUGUGAGCCUUUAUGAGAUCGCUGAGAAUGCGAAACGAGCAGUAAGGACAGUACAGCUUGGAAACACCAUAUCAGAGAAGGUACUCGAACAGACUGAUCGCACGAUCGAAGCCCCUCGUGAACAAUCGAUGCGCCAUCCAACGCGUCCAGAUUCUCCGUUUCCCAAGCCACAGCAACGAACAAUUCCACCAGGAAACGCGAAGAGAAAGUCUUGCACUCACCAGCCUCAUGACAUUUCUCUGGUAGCUAGUCCUCAACUUCCAACGCAUAUCAGUGAUGCCAUGGAUGAACCCCGUCCUCCGCCUUUACGUGGCACAGGGAAACAACCUUCGAUGAUUGGCAUGCCAUGCUUACCCCCUCCCGUGCAAUGUAAAGGUUAUCUUCUCUGGCCAAAUCUUGGUACUAUGAAGAUUCCUCCAGGGCCUGCUUUAGCUUCAUCAUCAUCCAGUUGUCGGAACUACGCGAAAACUGAAGUUAGUAUCCCAGACGGCGUUCCAGAAGCUGGUCCAGUAUCUCGACGGUUCCCUCUAGAAAGCGCCACUUCAGCUUCACCGUCUUCAGACUACCCGGUAACUAAAGGCAGUAUACCAGAUGAAAUUUCAGAUGGUGUUCCAGAAGCAGUUCCAGCAUCCCGUCGAUUCUCCUUAGAUGACUUCACCAUCACAGAGGCACUCCCGACAGAAAGAACGCUUCUCCAUCUCAGACAGUGA